AUGAGUGGUGACAAUAAUAUAAAUAGUACAGACAACAGAGUUCAAUACCAUCUAAUUAAUAGAGAAGAAAAGGAUCGUAUAAAAAACAAUGACAAAUCUAUUGCUGCACUGGAGGGCAAAAAUCUUUUAUUUGAUGUUCCUAGCCUGGGUAAUGAUAAAUAUAUUGGCAAAAUGUGGAAGUAUUCAAGAGAUAGGCCUGAUUAUAUUAGAAAAAUGAGGCUUAGGGAGAAAUUUACAAAAGAACUUGAUAAAGUUGCACAACCAGAUAAAAGUUUGGAUUUCGAAUUCGGCCUCAUACACAAUGCUGAAGAUGUAAGAAUAAGGGAGAAAGGAUAUAAUAUGCAUGCUUUCAACACAUUGAUCUCACAGAGAAUUGGUAAUCACCGAGGAUUGCCCGACACAAGAAAUAAGUUAUGUCGGUCACAAAAGUACCCUGAUAAAUUACCUAAGGCAUCUAUUAUAAUUUGUUUCUACAAUGAACAUUUUGAAACUCUCAUGAGAUCGGUUCACUCCAUACUAGAUCGUACAGAUCUGAAAUAUCUGAAGGAGAUAAUCCUGGUUGAUGAUUACAGUGACAUAGUUGAUCUACAUGAAGAGGUACAAAAAGCUGUCAAUGAGCUAAACAGUAAAGUGAGAAAAGAAGAAGAAAUGCUCGAAACAAACAAUAUAGAUGUUGAUAACAUUGUGGAUUAUAUAAAUGAUGACAAUAAUAAUGUCCUUGAUGGGGUCAGUAAAGACAAUGAUUCCAAUAAAUCAAGGAACGGAUUGAAUAUAAGACUUCUACGUACAUCUACCAGGGAAGGGCUCAUUAGGGCUAGAUUGUAUGGUGCAGAUAAUAGCGUUGGAGAUGUGCUAGUAUUCCUGGAUUCUCAUAUUGAAGUUAAUGUUGAUUGGUUGCCACCUCUUCUCACAAGAUUAGCAGAAGGUGUUGAUGGUGUCAAUGUGAGAUUUUCUCCCCGAGCUGUCACUCCUAUCAUAGAUGUUAUCAAUGCUGAUACUUUUGAGUACACCUCAAGUCCUUUGGUCAGGGGCGGAUUUAACUGGGGAUUACACUUCAAAUGGGAUAAUCUGCCUAAAGGGACUCUGAAAGAUGAUGAAGACUUCAUAAAACCUAUACGAUCUCCGACUAUGGCUGGCGGGUUGUUUGCUAUUUACAGAGAAUAUUUUAAUAAAAUUGGAAAAUAUGAUUCGGGCAUGAACCUGUGGGGCGGUGAAAACUUGGAAAUAUCUUUUAGGAUUUGGAUGUGCGGUGGCGUGUUGGAGCUAUGCCCCUGUAGUCGAGUGGGUCACGUGUUUCGUAAGAGACGACCUUACGGCGCCGGUGAGGAUUAUAUGCUGAGGAACUCUAUGAGAAUGGCUCGCGUAUGGAUGGAUGAAUAUGUUAACAAAGUCAUAGAGCAGAAUCCGUCAGCGGCCCACGUAUCUAUCGGUGAUAUAUCGGAGAGAGUUGAGUUGAGGAAGAAUCUAAAAUGCAAUUCAUUCAAAUGGUACUUAGAGAAUGUUUAUCCUGAAUUGGAGACGGGUGAAGAUACCGCAGCGAGGAAGAGGAUAGCGGCUCUGAACGACCCCGAGAAGAACAAGUUUCAGCCAUGGCAUUCUAGGAAAAGAAAUUACACCGAUUCCUAUCAGAUACGUUUGAGGAAUACUUCAUUGUGUAUACAAAGCGCUAAAGACAUUAAAAGCAAAGGCAGUCCGUUAUUGCUUGCUGGUUGUUCAAGAAUUUUAAAUCAGAUGUGGUUUGAGACUGAUCGUGGUGAGCUUGUCCUUGGUCGUACUUUAUGCCUCGACGCUACCACCUCUCCCAUCAUAGCCAAGUGUCAUGAACUGGGCGGCACACAAGAGUGGAAGCAUAAGGGAUCUGCUAACAGUCCCAUCUACAACAUCGCUAUGGGUAUGUGUCUGGGAGUAGAACGCGCGUACCGCAGCGAACCGAUCAUGAUGGUUAUAUGUGACAACCAACCAACAAAUCAAUGGGACUUUGUGAGAACUUAG